AGAUAAAUGAGUGGAAGACUGAAGAUGAAACUGAAGAAAAGAAAAGUGAAAGCUUUUAUUAUCGGUUCGUCCAACAAUUCGCCCCAGAGGAACGUCAACAUCGCUGGGCCAUUGAACUAGGUGCUUUAAAACAACAAGAGUUAGAGAAGUUAGAUACCUAUGCCAACAAAUUUAAAAGAUUAUUAAGUCAGGUUAAUCUUGGUCAUAGCUUACCCGAUAUUCAUAUCGUAAGAAUGUUCUUUAAAGGGUUGAAAGGAAGAAAUGCAACGUUUGUUUCUGUUGCUGCACCGAAAAAUUUAAACGAAGCUAUUGCCGCGGCUCGAAGGGUAGAAGCCGGAGAAUAUUAUAGUGAGCCUACGGUCAGAAGUAAUAGUAUAAGUCAUAACGUAGGAAAUGAAUGGAAUGAGAUGAAGAAAAGGAUUGAGGGGUUAGCAUUAAAUUAUGCCACCCUAAAAAGGAACGGAGGACUUAAAUGUGGUAAAUGUGGGGAAGUAGGUCAUGUAGCCAGAAGAUGUAUGUCCGAAAAAGUGAACUAUUCAUAUCAAAGAAAAGAGAAGAACAAUAGUAAUCAAACAAAAACUAUUAGUUUUUGUGAAUUAGAAACUGAAAAUAGUGGAGAAGUAUAUAUAGUUAAAAAUGAACCUACCCCAAAGAACAUAGUAAAACGUCCGGCGAACCCAAAGUGGGAAGAAAGAUUACGAAAGACAAUUAGAAAUCAACCAGAAUUGCCAAAAAAUCAACAAAUAGUAGAUGUUGACAACGCACCCAGUAUAACUGAUCCACCGCCCAUCUCUAAACCUAAAGGAAGGCGUGGACCUUCAAAAAUAGACUCGUUAAAACCCUAUAAUGUAGCGGACGACAUUCUGUCUUUACCUACUAAUGUUACAGUGGGCCAGAUACUUCAAUAUCCGAAUCAAAGAAGAAAUUUGGCAAAAAUCUUAAAACGACCUCCAAUUCCAAAGAACCUUAAUUUUCUCAAAGAACCUCAACGUACUACCGCAGUUAGAUGUUAUAUCCGAAUACAAAAUAAUCCAGUACUAGCUGUACUAGAUUCGGGUGCUGCAGUAAGCAUCAUCACAACACAACUAUUAUAUAAAUUAGGAUUAAAAGUGGACAAUAAUUUUACUACCACAAUCAUAAUGGCCACGGGGGCGAGAGCUAAGACGUUGGGAAAAGUAAAGGAUGUAAAAAUUAUAUUAAAUGACAUGUAUGCUGGUAAAUCAACAGAAGUCCCGAUUUCAAAUACUGGGUUUGAAGGUCUUGAUCCACCGAACGAAGACAGUCAUAGUGACGGUACUGAUACUUUUGACGAAUUCGACUAUGAAGACGAGGAAUUCGAUAACAACGCAGAAGAAAAGUUGGGAAGUUGA